AUGGCUGCAGCGCUGUCUGACAAAGCUGGAAUUCGGGAUUUGGAGACUCGAGGCAGACUCGUCCUGGUGAUGGACGUGUCUGGUGGUCCCAUCUUCCCAUUUUCCACCUGCAAACCCUUCGUCCGAACAGGCUUCGACCUUGGCACCCGCGACUCCACAAGCUCCCGCCUCCGAUGCGAAAAGACGCGCCGUGUCGCCCGAACUCGAUCGCUUUCGACCGCCAGUGUCGCCGGCGCGCCGCCGCGGACCUCGAGCGUCGCGCUCUACAUCGCUAUCACUGAGUGGCAACCAUCUACUUCGCACGAGGGCGUCACACUGCGGCCUCGCCUCCCGAUGGAUUCCUACAGGGAAUCGCAGCAGCCUACCCAGGGUACGCCCGUGUUGUCCCAGCGCGCCGUGUUUCUUUGCGAUGCCACUGUUCUUUUUCUCUUGUUGUUAUUGCCGUCGUCGCCUUGGCUGACCCCGCACAUAGCUACCCAGACCGUUGUCGACGCCGAGCGGUUAGGCCAGCAACCUUCUGGCUUCUCAGAUGAAGACAUAUCAGACAUAAUAUGUCUCCUUCUACCAUACUCCGAACCCGCGCGCCAGGAAGUUAGGCGGAUCGCCACCGAGACACCACAACAUAUGGUGGGGAGGGAAGAAGUGGACGAUCUCAAGGUGGAUUACUCACGAGAAGACGGCUCACGAAAUUUUGCUGGGGUCCAAUCCGACGUUGGGGAGCACCACAUAGCCCUGCGGUUUUCGUCACAGGUCAAGGACCCCUCGCUUGGCUUCACAUUCGGGAGGAACCCUAAUUGUUGUGAUAUCUGCCUCCGGAACGACCCCCACCGACGGCUGAGCAAAAUACAUUUCCGCAUCUAUCUAAACGAAUGGGCGGUGCUUAUGUUGGAGGAUAAGUCAACAAAUGGGACCGUAGUCGACGAGACCCUAUUAAAAAAGAGAGAUGGUUCACGGGCCGAGACCAUGAGGACGCUGGAGAGCGGAUCUAAAGUCAAGAUCCUCAUGCACGAACCGGGCCGAGACAUCACCUUUUUAGUUCGAAUUCCCAUCCGUGAUGGUCCUUGUGAGGAGGCUUAUAAGCGCAACUUGGAUGCGUAUCUGGCAAACCAGGCACAGCUCGCUUACGAUGCCAACGAAACGAUCGUGCCUGGGCCAGGAGGGCACCCCCCUGUUGCAAGGCAACUCCCCGCCCCAACUCGGAACGGGAAUGGCGCUGUUACAGCUCUUCGAGCUCAAGUGGGCGGAAAGCAAGGAAAACGCGCCCGCGCCGAAGGAAUCCCAAAGCCGUGGACCGGGUCAAACAAGUACAACCGGAUCUGCGAGAUCGGCAGGGGUGCCUUCGCUACCGUACAUAAAGUCACACGGAGGCUCACUGGCCAACCUUUCGCGGCAAAGGAACUCGAUAAACGGAAAUUCAUGAAGAACGGCGUUCUGGACCAGAAGGUAGAAAACGAGAUGAACAUCAUGCGGAAGAUCAAGCAUCCAAAUAUUGUGGAAUACAUCGAACAUCUCGACUGGGAUGACAGGCUCCUCAUCAUUAUCAUGGAAUUCGUAAACGGCGGCGAUCUGGGCCGGUUAAUCGCCGACAACGGUCCAUUGUCAGAAACCGCCACGAAAACCAUGGCGAGGCAGCUGUUAGAUGCGCUCGGGUACCUACACGACAUGAACAUCACCCACCGAGACGUGAAGCCCGACAAUAUCCUUGUCGACUCGCUCGAUCCGUUCGUAGUGAAGCUCACGGACUUUGGGCUGUCUAAGAUGGUCGACAACGAACAAACGUUUCUCCGGACCUUCUGCGGAACGCUUCUCUACUGUGCACCCGAGGUGUACUCCGAGUACGCCGAGUACGACGAUCGUGGCCGCCGCCACCCGCGCAACCGCCGACUCCGCCCCGCCACAGGGCAGAGAUACGACCACGCCGUUGACAUCUGGUCAUUGGGCGGCGUUCUCUUCUAUGCCCUGACAAAGAAACCGCCAUUCCCGGCCAAGAACGGCGCCAGCCACUCCGAGCUUCUUCAUCAGAUCAUGACCAAGCCGCUAGACAUCUCACCACUUCUUGAGGCGGAUAUCUCGGAGGAAGGGAUUGACUUCUUGCGUCGCAUGCUCGACCGGAAGCCUGAGACCAGGGCCACGGUGGAAACACUACAGAGCCAUGUAUGGAUUUCCGGCUCGUUCACGACCGUCGCGCAGUCAUUCGAGGAGAUUGUAGAGGAACAACUACACGUCAACGCCUCUCAGUUGAGCCUGGAUGACACGGAACGGAAUCCGGAAGAGUGUCGAGAACUCCGUGUGCCUAGUGACGAUGAAAUCUCGGACGACGAAGACGUGGAUUUUGACGCGAACCGCCUGCUCGGAUACGAAUCUGAAAAGGAGAACUACACAUUCGGCCCAGAUAACCACCCACAACGGCUUUUCGGCGAAGUCAACCCUUCGGCCGUCAGGAGCUCCGGCGCCGUUACGCCAAAUCGGCUGAACCUACCAUUAUCGCCUGGGAGCUUUGGGUCAAACGGCACAACAGAAAUUCUCGGCAACGAGACGGAGAUCAAGGAUAGCUUUGAGUCCGAAGACCACCUGACCCCCAGGCAAAAACCCCAAAAAUCGCAGCCCUUAUCAGGGGGGUUGCGUGCCUCGGUAAUCUCCGCUGGCCAGAGCCGGUCGGUCGAUGAGCUCAACAAUAUGACGUUCGACGUGGCGUCACAAAGCCUUGGAGGGGCCGAGUCGAUUCUCGAGAAUCUUAAUAUGAAAUCGGGCGCCGGCUCCCUCCUCCGUUUCUACACGACUGGCGAUCUGAACUCGAGCAAGCGGAAACCUUCGUUUGACACUAGCGAGGAGGAUGACAUGCCCUUUGCAGAGGAUAGACGCGGCCUCAAGAGGAUCCGAUCUGAUGCCUCGGCGAAGCUCUCGGUCAACAGGGUCGUUGAGGAUAGCGAGUACGAACUACUCGCCCAGAUGCCGUCCAUUAUCCGGGCACAGUCCGGACGGCAGAUCGACAACCCGGUCCACAAAUCUACUUACUGGUCAGCCCAAGACAGGAGGACAUGGCACCUCGAUUAUCCAGAGAUGACCCAGCUGCAGCUUGACGCGUUCAAGAUGGCGGCCUCGGCAAGGGAUGAGGAAUUUGGCCCGGGCAAAACACCGUUGUGGGAUCUGGCCAUGAAGUAUUUCCCGGCGGUCAACUGUGAGCGUCGCGGUGGUUCUUCGAAGGGCGCGCGCAACGGUGUUGAGUACGGUGUCAUACCUUCCACGGCCGGUCCGGACGCGACCGUUCCAGCCACACCCCCGACGAUGGACGACCCCGGGCCGAUGCUCAUAAUGCCCAUGCAGUCCGAUCCGGGGAGGCCAGUGGUUGCAUGCCUCCAAUCUGCGCCAGGAUCCGCCCUCACUGGGAUAUCCAUCAUGAUCACCGAAUCCAUGGUCUCAUGGGGACGAGCAAUGGAGAACACCCGGUCCUAUGCGAACAAAGACGACGUCACGGUCCCGAAGUUUGCUUUCCGAAUCCUGCUAUGGAAAGAAAAUUACGAUCCAGCCAAGAACUUCCGGCCGUGGAACCGCGCCUCGGAGCCCGACGAGGACUCCUUCCGCUUCUACAUCUCGACCAAGGCAACCAUGGGUAUCUACAUCAACGGCGUCCGCCUGCCCUCAGACAACCCUAAAAAGCCCGACAGCCCCUCCACCUACUGGAUGGCCCUGCACGACGGCGACCGCGUGUCGGUGUGGCAGACCCCGGACAAGUCCGUCAGGGCCGAGCUCGUCUUCCGGUGCGGAUGGGGCGGCAGCGCCAGCCCGCGGGCGGUGAGCGGCGGCGCCCCGCGCAGGCCCGAGUUCGCACCGGCCGCCGUGGCCGGCAAGCUGGACGAGGUGUGCGUCAAGACGGAGCGCAAGAUGCGCGGGCUGAGCGAGCACGACCUCAAGAUGGAGGAGGCCAACCACGACGUCGACGAGCGCAUGCGCGGCGGCGUCGGCGCCGACCGCGAGCGCCAGCGCUCCCGCGACUUCGAGGUCCGCCGCCUCGAGGCCUGCCGCGCCCUCGGCAUCCGCAGGGUCAGUCCCGCGCCCGGUGUUACCCUCGGCGAGGAGUCGGCGACCCAGACGCCCUGGAGCUCGUAUGUGCCGGGGACGCGCACCGUGCCGACUUUUCGCCAUGCGUCGCCGAGUACGAUGGAGCUGCUGAGGGCGGCGCGGAGGGGGUAG